AUGCCGUCUCAUGUAUUUCUAUUGUUUAGGGCGGACGCGAGCACCGCGUUCCUGCGAGCUGCUCGCGCAGGCCAGAUAGAGAAGAUUAUUAGCCUGCUGGAGCAAGGCGUUGACAUCAACGUUAGCAAUGCGAAUGGUCUCAACGCUAUCCAUCUUGCAUCCAAGGAUGGCCAUGUGGAAGUCGUCCGGGAGCUACUGGAGAGAGGAGCAGCAAUUGACGCUGCCACCAAGAAAGGCAACACUGCACUGCACAUCGCCUCCCUAGCUGGACAAGAGGCAGUCGUCAAGCUGCUAGUGCAGAAUGGAGCCCAGGUCAACAUCCAGUCCCAGAAUGGUUUCACGCCGCUGUACAUGGCUGCACAGGAAAACCACGAUGGAGUCGUAAAGUUCCUAUUGACUAAUGGAGCUAACCAGAGCUUAGCCACUGAGGAUGGUUUCACACCUUUAGCAGUUGCAAUGCAGCAAGGUCAUGAGAAGGUUGUGGCAGUGCUUCUCGAGUCCGACACACGCGGCAGAGUUCGUCUGCCAGCACUACACAUCGCUGCUAAGAAGGACGAUGUGAAAGCUGCUAAUUUGUUAUUAGAGAAUGAACAUAACCCCGAUGUGACUUCGAAGUCCGGCUUUACACCGCUUCACAUCGCAGCUCACUAUGGAAAUGAGGCCGUGGCCAGGCUGCUCCUGGCGAAGGGAGCUGAUGUUAAUUGUGCUGCUAAACACAAUAUUUGUCCAUUACAUGUCGCUGCUAAAUGGGGUAAAGAAAAUAUGGUUUCGUUACUCUGUGACAAUGGUGCCAAUGUCGAGGCUCGCACGAGGGAUGGCCUGACUCCCCUCCACUGCGCUGCGCGUUCUGGUCACGAGAGAGUUGUAGAAGCUUUGCUAGAUAGAGGCGCACCUAUCACUAGUAAGAGUAAGAACGGUCUAGCGCCCUUACAUAUGGCCGCCCAAGGAGACCACGCUGACGCAGCACGAGUUCUUCUCUCACGCCGGGCCCCGGUCGAUGACGUCACAGUGGACUAUCUCACUGCACUGCACGUGGCUGCACACUGUGGGCAUGCGAAAGUCGCAAAAUUACUACUAGACAGAAACGCUGACGCAAACGCGCGCGCUCUCAACGGCUUCACACCUCUGCACAUCGCAUGUAAGAAGAACAGGAUCAAGGUUGUUGAGCUUCUACUGAAAUAUGGUGCAAGUAUACAAGCAACAACAGAAUCAGGUCUGACUCCUCUUCACGUGGCUGCAUUCAUGGGAUGCAUGAACAUUGUCAUCUAUCUGCUGCAGCAUGAAGCCAAUCCUGAUGUACCUACCGUUAGAGGAGAAACACCUUUACAUUUAGCCGCUAGAGCUAACCAGACGGACAUAAUCCGCAUUCUUCUCCGUAACGGUGCUGCUGUGGAAGCAAAAGCUAGAGAACGUCAAACGCCUCUGCAUAUUGCAUCAAGACUUGGCAAUGUUGACAUUGCAGUACUGCUACUGCAACACGGAGCCGACGUCAGAGCAAUGACUGCUGAUCACUACAAUCCGUUACACAUAGCUGCUAAGCAGCAUAAUCAUGAUGUUGCAGCAGCAUUAAUUGAGCACAACGCUCCAUUAUCUGCGACUACCAAAAAAGGAUUUACGGCGCUGCAUCUUGCAGCAAAAUACGGCAAUUUGAGGGUGGCGAAUCUUCUAUUAGCUCACGGCGCACCACCGGACGUACCUGGCAAAAAUGGCAUGACUCCUCUUCACAUCGCAGCUCAAUACGAUCAACAGGCUGUGGCUACUACACUGCUAGAGAAAGGAGCAGAUGCCAAGGCUGUGGCCAAAAACGGGCAUACUCCUCUCCAUAUAGCUGCCCGCAAGAACCAGAUGGAGACAGCAGCCACUUUAUUGGAGUAUGGAGCUCUUACUAAUCCUGAAUCAAAAGCUGGAUUUACACCAUUGCACCUUGCUGCUCAACAGGGUCAUUCAGAAAUGUGCUGUUUACUCCUGGAACAAGGUGCCGAGGUAGACCAACAAUCUAAAAACGGUCUUGCAGCUCUCCAUUUGGCUGCUCAAGAAGAUAGCGUAGGCGUUGCUCACCUUCUUAACAAUAAUGGCUGCAAGGUGGACAUCUGCACUAAAGGCGGGUACACACCACUGCACAUCGCCAGUCACUAUGGACAAGCUAACAUGGUUCGGUAUCUGCUAGACAUCGGUGCCUCAGUUAAAGCACAGACUACACAUGGUUACACAGCACUUCACCAUGCCGCUCAACAGGGCCACAUCAACAUCGUGAACAUUCUACUGGAGCACAAGGCAGAUGCUAAUGCAGCCACUACUAAUGGUCAGACCCCACUCGAUAUAGCGUCAAAGUUGGGCUACGUAACGGUAAUGGAAACCCUCAAGAAAGUAUCAGAGCCCUCCAAAGCACCUGUGACACAGGAGAAGUACAAGGUAGUCGCCCCGGAGACCAUGUUGGAGACGUUCAUGUCAGACUCUGAAGAAGAAGGAGGUGAAGACACGAUCCUGAAUGACCAACCGUACCGCUAUUUGACAGCAGACGACAUGAAAUCCUUGGGAGAUGAUUCUCUUCCAAUUGAUGUAACCAAGGACGAGAGAACUGAAUCGGCAAUGAGUCAUAAGAAUAUUAUGGAAUUGUCUCAAGGUUCCGUCAACGGCAUGCCGUAUCAGCCGCAGCAGGAGGUGGUAGUGAAGAGCAUCAGCCGCUACAGUACUGCGCAGGCACCUGAGGGAUACUGCUACAAUGUGGACCCUACACAACCCAAGGUUGAAAAGAUUUCCAAUAUUUUAAAUUUACGUAAAUAUAUUUCAGAAUGUUUACAAAUAAUGACUGUUCCGCAUGCUAACAUGGAAUGCUACAGGAAAAAGUUACAAUGGAAAAACUUCCUCGUCUCAUUCCUCGUGGAUGCCCGAGGAGGUGCACUGCGCGGUUGCCGCGGUGGUGGCGUGAGGGUCAUAGUGCCUCCACUUUCUGCUCAACAGCCUACUAGGAUUACCUGCAGGUAUUUGAAACCAUCACGCAUCAACCACAUGCCUCCACUGAUGGAGGGCGAGGCACUGGCUGCGAGAGUUCUAGAAAUGGGACCAGUCGCUGCAAAAUUUUUGGGGCCGGUGAUACUGGAAGUCCCUCACUACGCAUCGCUGCGCGGUAAAGAGCGUGAGAUUGUUAUUCUAAGGUCAGACAAUGGCACAAGCUGGAGGGAACACAAUGCAGAUGCCACUGACGACGUCGUACAAGACAUUUUGCACGAGACACUUGAAAUCGAAGAGACAAACGAUGAUGAGAAGGGAUGGGACGCUCCGCGAGUAACUAGGAUCUUGACACACGAUUUCCCGCAAUACUUCGCUGUUAUAUCGCGUAUACGACAAGAAGUACAUGCCAUUGGGCCCGAAGGAGGCAUGGUAUCCAGCUCCGUAGUGCCACAAGUCCAAGCUGUCUUCCCACAGGGUGCUCUCACAAAGAAAAUCAAAGUUGGCCUACAGGCACAAAUAAUAGACUCUGAAUUAACUGCCAAGCUUCUUGGACGAGGAGUAGCAGUAUCACCGGUAGUGACAGUAGAACCGAGAAGACGAAAAUUUCACAAGGCUAUCACUCUCAGUAUGCCAGCUCCGAGGCCUCACACCCAAGGGAUGACAAACCAGUACAGUACAUCGUCAGCGCCAACGUUAAGACUGCUAUGCUCCAUAUCAGGUGGAACGAACCGGGCUCAUUGGGAAGAUGUUACUGACAAUACUCCUUUAACAUUUGUGAACGACUGUGUAUCAUUCACAACUACCGUCUCAGCUCGAUAUUGGUUGAUUGAUUGUCGACACGUUGAAGAUGCUACUAAAAUGGCAACGGAAUUGUAUAGGGAAGCUAUUCAUGUUCCAUUCAUGGCUCGCUUCGUGGUCUACGCUAAACGCACUGACGAGUGUCAAGCACAACUGCGAAUGUUCUGUGUCACCGAUGAUAAAGAAGACAAGGCUUUGGAGCGCGUCGAGCGCUUUAUCCAAGUCGCUAAGAGUAAAGAUGUUGAGGUACAUGAAGGUAAACCAGUUUACCUAGAAUUUGGAGGCAACUUAGUACCAAUAGCCAAAUCCGGAGAACAGUUAUCUAUACCAUUCCGCGCAUUCCGCGAGAAUCGGGUUGCGUUCCCCGUUAUGAUUAAGACGCAAGAUCUGGAGCCAAUUUGCAGGUGCCAGUUUAUGAGAGACCCGAAGGUGCCAAAGGGAGAACCAUCACCUGCACCUAUCGCUGUUCUAAAUAUCAUGGUACCAGAUGAACCAAUGGAACGAGUUUCACCAAUACCAACUGAUACUGUUCCACUGCGGACUGAAGAGCAGGAGCUAAUUUGGAGGCAGAGGCUGAGUGACCCACGAUUGGAGGAUAUCUGCAAUCUUCUAGGCAAAGAUUGGGUAGCUUUGGCCUAUGAGCUGGGAGUUAGUGUAGCCACCGUCAAUCAAAUACAGGCAAAGAGAAUUACUACUGCUGAGCAGGCGCAACUUAUGCUCAAGCUGUGGAAGACACAGUCAGGAACUAAAGCGCAAGAUAAUUCUCUGGAGCUCGCUCUGUGCCGUAUUGGUAGAGAUGACAUAAUUGCUCCUCAAUCAGAACUGACUAACGAAAGACGCAUUCAAAGAAACAUUUAUCAAGAGAGGCAAGCUUCUGAGGAAAUAGAAGCAUACAAAGCUGAAGAAGAUAAUAAACUAAAAGAUCGCAUAUAUGAUGAGGACCAGAUCCCUGAACAUCGAGAGUCAGAGCAGGAUCAGGAUGAAGCCAAGUACUCACCAGAGGAAAAGUCUUUUGUAGAAAAGAGUGAGAUUGAGAGAACGCCCACACCUAGUGAGGAUAGUGAAGAAGAUGAAGAUAUUAAGCGUAGUGUCGCUGAGAGAAAAGAGCAAAUAACUAGAAAAUUAAGUCAAAGUAAAAUUCCUGCUUCUAAACAAAAGAAGGAGAUCCGUGAAGAAAUCAUUGAAAUUAAAACUCAAAUUAAACCUGACAUUAAAAAAUUCCAAGAUAUUGAGCAACAGGUACAAAAGGAACCGAAAGUAGAAAAGACACGAUCUAAAAUACCUCAUGAAUCGGUGGAAGAAGAACAAGAGAUUGAAAUUGAAAAAGAAGAAGUAGUAGUUAUUGAAACAAUAAAAGAAGAAAUAAAACCUUUGGAACGACCCGUUGAACAAUUCAGAAAAUUUGACCCUUCUUCGCCUGCUAAACCAACUCCCAAGCAUUUGCAAAGACAUAUGAGAAAUGAGUCCAUGAGAUUUCCAUCAGGUGACUUUUCUAACGUUACUAUUACUCCAAGGAAAUCAGUUACUUCUGAAACCACUGAAGUUAAGGUAAUAGAAACUAAAGAUACCUUCACAAAAGAGGCUAUUUCUCAGAAAGAAAUAGCAACUUCAAGAGUUGAGGAGAAAUUAGAAGAUGGUGAUAAGUCGCCUGAUCUCGUAAUAGAAAACGAAAAAGAUAUUGCUGAAGCACCUUUGAAGGCCAAAAUUAGUUCAUUCGAAUCAAAAAUGUCAAAGGAAUCCUCAAUAGAAUUUCCAAAAACUACAAUGAAGUUAACAAAAGAAGCUUUAAAAAAGCAUACCUUGGAGCAAGACCAGGGUAUUGAGUACACUCAGGAGUUCGUAAGAGAACAGUCUAAACAAAUAACAGUUUUAGAAACUCAUAUAACUCAUAAAGUGGCUGUCGAAACAGAAAAACAAACAGAAACCGUUAAAUCUGUUAAAGAAACAAUCCAACACUUUGAUGCCAAGACAAAACAAGAAGAAAAAAUAAAACCUUAUCACAAAACAAUGAGAACAGACUCAACGUUAGUACAAGUAUCUUCAGAAGAAGACAGCGAGUUCUUAAAAAAAUCUACUGAUUCCGAAACAGAAACAGAAUCACAAACAACCGUUAAGGUUGAUAAAACAGAUAAAAAAUCUAAAAUCCAAAUUGAUAAACAUGUCUUUGAUAAAAAACCCGAUACGCAAGAUCUUCCCAAGGACUCUAAAGAACCAAAAUCUAAAAAAUCUGAUGAUGAUGAUAAGAAGGAUGAGCAACCUGUUACAAUUGUCGAACAAAAUUUAAAAAAACAGUUGACAGAAGAAUUACGUUCAAAGAUUAGUGAAGAGGAAAUCACAGAAGCCGUAGAAGAAAAGGAUGUUUCUCUGGCUGAUAAAAUUAUAAAAGAGAAGGUGGAAGCACAAAUCGCCGCUACAAGUGCAAAAUCUGAUAUUAGCAAACACACUAAGACUGAUUCCACGGGAUCAGAAGCGCAAGACCUCAUAGGCAAAAAGAUUUCCCAAGAGUCGCCAGUGCUGUCUGUAAUUGAUAAAGCCGAUUCCUUAGCUGAUCUACAGCAAAGCACUGAGAAAGACUUUAGUUUUGUGUCACAAACUGAAUCAAAGGUAUACUCUAGAGACUCAAAACACCGCAGUGAUUCCUUAGAUGAAGCUUCCCAAUUCUCAGAUUUAGAUGAUCAGAUUGGCACUAGUCCAGCCCAUAAACCACAUAUUGACAAAGAACCAGAGCAAACAGUUACAAAACUUACUGAGGUUAAAACUAUUACUACUACAGUAACAGACAAAAAAGAGACACAGGCUCAAACAUUAGAAUUUUUGAAAAAUGAAAGCGAACAUAGUUCGCAGGUGCUUAGUGCUGCUGUAGGGCAGAAGGAAAUAGAAAAGGUAUCACCAAAAGAAUCGCCAGUUAUCAGUGCAAAAGCACGUCAAUUUAUUGAAACAGUACCCGAAGAUGAUUCUGUACAGGAAUGCUUCUUUUCUAAAAGAAUAUAUUCUGAUUCUUUGGAAGACUCUGAGCACACAGACUCUAGAAGACAUUCAGAGGCGGAAUCUUUGAAAUCAGACCAAUCUGACAUUAAAGCAAAAGUAUCAUCGUCAGAUUUUGACGAAAGGGCAGAAUAUGAAGAAACUGCUGAUUCAGGAAGUGGUUUUGGUGAUGAGAAAUUUGAAGAAAGUGUCGGCUUCACAUCGAUGAGAAUUGAGCCCACUGUAGAAAAACAAGACUCUGAAUCAGAUAAAACUGACGCUGAGCCCAUUUUUAAGAAAAUGACACCUAAGAGACACUCAAGAACAGAGUCAGUAUCGAUCACAAAGCUAAGUGAUUUAGCUAUUGAUAUUGAACUACCUAAGAUCAAGCAGGAAUUUCAGAUGAUCGUGACUGAAGCUGAAGAAAUAGAUAGGUCAUUUGACAAGGAUGAAGCUUCUGACAAAAUUUCCUCAGAAAGCAGUAAGGAAGUGGAAAUUUCCGAUAAAAAAUCUUCAGAAGGUAUUUCAGACAAAAUCAGUUCAGAAGAUGCCGUAACAGAGAAAAAAACUUCGUCUGAAGAAGAGCAAUAUUUAGACAAGAAUAUUACGACUGUAAAUGCAAUUGCUGAAAAGGUUGAAUCCGUAGACAUUAAGCCUCAAGCUGUCAAAGAGGAUGUCUCAGAAAAGGGGGAAGUAACCAAACGGCAAUCGGUAACAUCUGCUGGAUCAGGAUCCGUUACUGAACUACGCUUAGAAGAGAAGCGUAUGUCAGAUGCACAUAGCCUCACUGAGUCCAGAGACUAUACAUUCGAAGAGUCUGAAGACGACAUUGGAACUCAAGACACUCAUGUUGAAUCAAAGGAGAAGGCUGAAGUAAAACUGGAGAGUGAUUCUAAGACAAAAACUGUAUCAGGUAAAACAGACCAGUCUAAACUUGCAAAAUUAACACAUGGCGACUCACUAGACGAUGUAGAAGGUUUCCCCGAAGACCAUGUGACUGACUACGUCCAUAAACUACCACACAUUGCCGAAAUAGCUUCAAUAGCCGACAAGGACAUGACAUGUGAUUUCUUAAGUAAAGAAAGAGAAGAACAACUGAAACGGGAAACUGUUACCGUCAUAAAGAAAUUUGAAACAGGUACUGUGCUUCCAGUGGAUGAAGAACUAAUGAGAGAUACUAAAGAACCGCAUGACAAUUUAAUGUUCGACAAAGAUAUGACAAGUGAUUUCUUAAGCAAAGAAAGAGAUGAGCAAAUACAACCUGAAAGUGUAACUGUGAAAAGAAGUACAGAUACUGUGCAAUCAGUAAAAGAAGUUAAAAUAGUGGAAGCUGCUAAAGAAACACUCGACCAUUCAAUACCAGACAAGUCCAUGAUAAACGAUUUCUUAAACAAAGAAAAAGAAGAAAAACUGAAACAAGAAACCAUCAACGAUCAAGUAAAGACUAAAGAAAUAAUGGAAGAUGCUAAAAUACUACAUGAUAGUUCAAUCCCUGACAAGGACUUGACCAAUGAUUUCUUAACCAAAGAAAGAGAAGAACAAUUAAAACGAGAAACCGUUACUAGCAAAGAUAUUAUUGUUACUGAAACUACACACCCAAUAGAAAAAAUUAAAACUGAGGUAGAAACUAAGAAAACUUACAAUGAGAAGCCUAAAGAAAUUUCAUUUACUACCAGACAAGUUGAAACUACUUACACUAUUAGUUCUAAGGAUGAACCCAAAGUUAUAACAGAUAUUAAAACAAUCAUCAAAGAUGGUUCCUCAAACAAGGUUGAAGAAUAUAUUGAAACAAAAAAGCAAGUGGUGGUGAGUGAUUCAUCCAGCAAGUUUGAUGUUUCAAAAAUAAGAACUGACACCUUAGGCCAUUUUGAUAUCGGAGAUUUAGAUGAUGUUAAAAAAUUUAUUCCAAAGGAUUUAGAUCUAACUGAAACCACGGCAAUAACAAAAGAGCAAGUAAAACCUGUAAUUGAUGAUAUUCUUCAAAAAGGUUCUGUUGCUGCUGCCGCCAGAAGCCCCAUAAUAGACAAAGACAUUAAGACAAUAACCAAAGAAAUUGUUGAAACCGAGAGGAGAUCUUAUGACGCAAAAGUACCUCAUAAAGAAGAAAGACGACAUUCAUGUAUCAGCCCGGCCAUAUCCUUAGAAAGGAUUGCUGAAUCUGAAAUUGAAGCCGAAGAAGAACCUGUAAAAUCUAGUCCUUCCCUUAUUAUUAAAACACAUAAAGUAACAGAAACGACAACAGAAAUGAAAAAAUCAGAUUCUGCUAUGAAGCAAAUGGCUGAUAACAUAGAAAUUAUUAUAAAGCAAGCUUCAGAAGAUAUUGAUGUUUCAUCGGAAGAACAUGCAAUAGACGAGAAACCAGAUGAUGUAUCUGGACAAGUAUCGGUUGAUUCUAUAAUUGAGGAAGCAAUAACAACUGUAGAAGGUUUUCUAGAAGAUAAAGAAACUCAACGUCAAGAAGUUGAAACUAAGAAAGAGGUAAUGUUUGAGGAAACGAAAACAUUUGUCAAAGAAAGGCCUGGCCUAAUAAAAUCACUAUCAAGAGAUAGUGGAGAGAUAGUUAUAAUACCCAAAAAGAAACACCCGCGAACGUUCUCUGUCCAGAGUUCCCCCGAAGAAGUAGAAGAACAAAUUUAUACCGAUUCUGAAAGCGACAUGGAUAAAGCGAAGGUAUUAGAAAUAAUCGAACCUAGUUCAGACUUAGAUGGGAAGGUUCCCACAUCUAGUUUUGACACAAGGAAGAUACGCACAGAUUCACUUGAUGAUGCUGACGAUUUUCCCGAAAAAGAGGCUGAAUUUUUUGGCGAUGACGAAAAAUAUAUUGAAGAUGCCUCGGAGUCUUACCAGCAGGGUAAGUUUGAAGAAAAAUUUGCUGGAAGUGCUACGCCUAGCACCAGUGCUCCACAAGAUUCAGAAGAAGAUGAUAGAUUCAGUAAAACAUAUGUUAAAAAAACUCAUUUUGUUGAUAGUUUACUCCGUACAGACUUAGUGUCGAAAUCAACAACAGAAUCGUCAGUUACUACCGUAGUAUCUACAUUGACAAAAUCGUCCGACGAUGAUCAAAAAUCGGUGCUAGAAGAUGGCACCUCUGCCGACUUUUCGAGAAUUAGUGGAGCGGACUUAGUCAAAGAUCCGUCUAAAACCUCAAUUGAUGCUAAGGAAGAUUCCAGAAUGGAGGAACAGAUUGAGGAUAGAGCAACACCUGAUUUAUCAAAGAAGUCUAUUGACCUAACAAAAGAUUACUCAAAAUCUUCCAUUGAUAGCAAAGAUACCUCACGAGAUUUCGCAACUAAUGAACUAUCGAAAGACUCGACUGCAGAUUUAACUAAAGACUUUUCAAAAGCGUCUGUGGAAAGUGUAAAAGAAACUUCAAGAUCUAUUGAUGAAAAAACAUUUUCAGAAGAUCAAUCCUCUCUACUGGAUGUGUCUAAAACAUUAGCAUCUGAUGUUUCUGAAGGCAUAACACUUAGCAAGGAAUUUAUAGAAGAAGAAAGGUCAAUAUCCCGAGUUGUAAGAGUUUCAACUAGCUCUUCUCAAGAAACUUCUAUUUUAACUGAAAGUAAACUACUAAGUGAUCAUGAUGAUAAAUCUUUAGAUAAAACGAAACAUUCUGAUAGAACAGAACAAGAUUUCAUUGGAGAAAUGGAAGAAAAAAUUGCACAACUGCAGUCUGAAUUCAAGAGAGAAGAAGAAAGUGGUAGAGACACAACCAUUGAUAAUGAAGAAGAUUUUAAAGUUCACACAGAAGUCGUUAUAACGGAAACAGUAAAGACCUUAGUAGGAGAUGAAGUAGUUGAAAAAAAACACUUAGUACAUAAGACUGAUAUAAGUGAUAGAGAUGGUGUAGUAGACGGAAAAAUAGAAGAGAAAGACAAAUCUUCUAAAGAACUUGAGAAAGAAGCGGAAGAUGAGGUACCUGACAUGAAAGAGUUGAAUCGAAGGUGUUCGAAUUUAUUAGAAGAUAUUUCACAAGGUGCGCUAAUUAGGAUUGAUGCCACGCAUGUGACACAUGAUCUGCAAUCGAAGUUCUCAAAAACUCCACCACCGUCUCCGGUCGAUCUUAUUCGUAAAGAAAAGGCUAAGACUGAUGAUGGUUCUGGUGACAAGGAUGCCGGGCUACAACCUAAAGGCUCCGACUCUUCGUUCCUGGAUGCUAGUCGUCAGUCACCACGAGCUUCUUCAGCCGGAGACAGUCUUAUCAGCGAAACAGAAGCUCACCAAAGUGAUGUUCUGAUAGAAGCAUCUAAGGCACUAACUGCUGAUGCCAGACCAAAAUCUCCUACAAAACACGUGGCUGAUAAUAUGACGUUUGUAAACGUCGACCAACCAACUAUUACAAGCGGUGCAAUAGAACUUGUAGAUAGAACAAUAGAAAAAAGCAUAGACGUUAUAGAUCAAAUUAAAAAAGAACAACUAGCUGUUAAAAUGGAAGAACGGCAAAAGUCUUCGUCUAGCGACACAUUUUACAGUGAGUCUAGAGUUGAAACCUCAUCUUCUUCGGUCCAUAAAACUUUUGAGGGUGGAGAAUUGAAGUUUCAAUCUAUUCAUCCAGAAUCAGUAAUGUCAGAUAUGGUAGCUAAAUUUGGGUCGAAAGAUCUAGAUUUUAGCACCAUUUUAACUCAUAAAGAAACUGAGACUAGAAAAAUAUCAGGUCAAGAAUUCUUCUUUGAAACCAAACAAGUGUCGUCAUCCGAUGAUGAUUCACUAGUAAUUAAGACUGAAACAAAACAUGAGCUAAGAGGACAAGAACAUGAAACAAAAGAAAAAACGACUAUUCGUAAAGAUGGUGACCAAACUGAAACCUCCCAAAAGAAGUUGGAAAAAGCUCAUCAAGCAACUGCAAAGCGUGCUGAUACUGAAACAAAAACUGUAAGAAGUACAGAUGAUACAGACAUUAUUAAAGUCGAACGGGAGUUUUCCGAACAAGGGCUUUAUACUGGUCGACAGACUAAGUCCGAAGAAAAAAUGACCGCAAUCAAAGAUGAAACUGUUAAAAAAAAACACGAAGUUAAAAUAUCUGAAAGAGAUUUAUCUCAUGAACAAUGGGGUAAAGAGUAUUUCACUGAACCUGGUGAAUUAGAAAAUAUAGUUGAAGAUGAUGAUAUGAAAUCUAGAGUAGCGUUUGUUGAAUCAGCGCUAAAAAUUGUAGAAAAAGACGAAAUCGUAUCUACUGUUGAACUCUCUGAAAAGGGUAAAGUAAUAAGUUCUACAAUAGAACAUCACAAAGAAGAAUCUGUAAUAGAAAGUAAAGAACAUGAUGACCUCAGUUCAGAUGCCUCUCAUGCACCUAGUUUUAAAAGUGAACCAACUGAGAGGAGGGAUUCUUCUGAAAUGAGUCCAAAAAGUAAAUCAAAGUCCUUUAAAAAAGAUGAUGAAAUCUACGAAGUUAACUUCAUUAAAGAAAUAAGGGUAACAACAUCACCUGUUAAGAGCACAUUUAGUCGCACUGGUAGUCAAGAUACCCAUUCUGAAUCUGAAGCAGCUCCGGAAUUACCUCACGAUGACAAAACUGGGGAUACACCUAAAAGAGACAAAUCUACAAAACCACCUGUAAAAUUACCACAAGAACAAAUCGAAGACCAAGUUUGGGAAGUGUCUGUUCAAAAGGCUGAUUCAUUCGAAGUUGCUGAAGAAAUACCAAAGUCAAGCAUAGCAUCAAGUACAAAUAAAAGUUCUGAUAGCGACACAGUUUUAGAAAUAAGAAAAGUUAUAGAAACAGGAACUGAAGUAACUAAAAUAUCCAAGACUGACAUGUCACCGAUCACGUUUGAGCUAUCUGAGGAAGCAAGUUCUACCUCCAGAGAUAUCAUGAUGAAAUCGGGUGAAAGCCUUGAUACAGAAUGUAUGGUAAAGUCGUUAGAAUCACAUGAAGGAGAAGUUUUGCAAAAAUCUAUUGACUCUACAGUUAGCGCUGAAACUCUUCAUCCUUCAGAUUUCUCAACAGAAGCUGAUUCGGCCUAUUUGACUGGCACGGGUACCGAUAAGAAAGAAGAAGUAAAACUCUUCAAAGAAAAAAGUCUUGAAGACAUUUGCAGUAGCGGUUACGAUACGGAUCUCUCUUCUGCAGAGUUUCAUGGUACGAAACUCGAGUCAGAGAGAGUCGAUUUGGAUUCAUUGAUAUCUGCUCAGCCACUAGCUGACUUGUCAGUUUUGGAAAAAACGAUAGAUGAAGUCAAACAGUCUCUAGAAGCAGCGCAAGGUGAAAUUAUUAGUGAAAAAAAUGACGGGAGUAUAAAAUAUAAACAAUCUCCUUCGGAAUUCCAGUUUAAAUUGUUAAUAAGCCCAGAUAGACCUGAAGUUAUUACUGAAGAACAUCAGGAUGAACAUGAUAAGACGCUGGUAUCUACUGAUAUAGAUGAAAAAAUUUUAGAUAGUCAACUGUCAGAUGGCAUAUCUCAAAAAGUCAGUUCUCAAGAUGAUACAACGACUUCUGAUGAAGAAAAGGAGACAGUUCAUAUCAAAGAAUCGAGCCCUCCUUUGGAUGUUGGGGAUUUAUCUAUUAGAUCAGACAGCGGCCCCCAUUCUAUUAUAGAAACUGACAGUGACGUUAUUUUAUAUGAUCGCGAUAAAUCAAUAUGUAGCCUUGAGGUAAAACUUAGAGAACAAAACCAUUUGAAAUCAAAAUUAGGUGUAGGAGAAAGACGAUCUGCAUCCGAAGUAGAAGGCUGGUCAAGUUCAGGAGAGAGUCACUAUCACAGCUUUGAACGUUCAGAGUCUAGGCCAUUAUCAUCUGAUGUUGAAGUAAUGAUGACCGCACAAAGUGCAACUGAAUUUGAGACUGCAUUAACAAGCCAUGAUGUUUCGUCACAAUCCUUGAGAACGUCUAAAGACUAUUAUACUGCUGGAAGUUCACUUGCAUCUCGAGAUAGUAUGAAAAGUUUAGACUCAGAUGGAUCUAGUCACGUAGCUAGCAUAGAUAUAUCUGAUGCAUCAGAGACUCUGGUACCUUCAGCAAAUGAACUAAAAGAAGAGUUAAUGGAAAGCAGCACAUACGUGGAACAAUUUGUCCAUGAAGCAGGUAAAGAUGAACCGAAAUUCAAAAGGGUCAGCGAUGAAGAAGUUUCUGGAGAUGAAGAUGAAAGCAAGAUCGACAUUGAACCUGUUGGUAAAAUGAAACGAUCUCAUGAAAUGAGAUUCCAACCUAAAGAACUGAUACCUGAAAAUUUUCCAAUAGAAAGUGCUUCAGAGAGUGCAGAGCUAGAUGAAGACUCUAUGAAAGAUAAGGAAGGAUCUGAUACCACAAUAUCAAGUCAGUUAAAAACUGAUGACGUUUUAUCAUCAUCUAUUUCAAAAUUGGAUAUGCCAUCAUCACUGUCAGAACCAGAACAAGAAGAAAUAAAUGAAUUUGCAAUUACAAAGAUAUCAUCGCAUAAGACAGAAGCUAUGCCAUUCUCUGUUACAAAAAUAGAGAAACCACAUAGGGAAUUUGUUGAUGUAGAAAGCGAAAUAAUUCCGGUAGGGUCUGCUGAAUAUGAAGAUAUAGUAAAAUAUGAAAGUAUUAGUCCUGAGGUUAGAAAACCUUCCAGAGACGCAACCGCUAUUAUCAAAGAAAGUAUUGUUGAACUAGAGAGUUCUGUUAUUCCAUCAAAGAUAACUGAGAGUUCUCACACUGACGAAGAUGAAGUACAUGAGGAAUGCAUUAAAAAAAUAGUGAAAGAAGUCGCUGUAGUUCCAUUCCCUAUAACACCAUUACCACCCAGUCAAAGAGAAUUCGUUGAUCUUGAUAAAGACAUUAUACCGGUUGGGUCAAAACAGUAUGAAGAGAUCCUGAAAUCUAAAAGUGAUUCAUCUGUCCCUAAAACUAAGGCAGAGAAGUCUGUAGUCAAAACUUCCGAGUCUACAUUAGAAAGUAAACAAAGCUCUACAUCAAGCCUUAAAACACAUGAUCAUCUAUCUACACCGCAUACUCCAUUGUCUGCGCCAAGUCAAAGCUCAAUAUCAACUGAUAACGGGAAAGAAUAUAUUUUAGAUGAUAUGUAUGAUAUAUCUGAAACGCCUGAAUUGAGGUCAGAUUUGGCUGAGACAAGCAAAUCAGAAUUAGUAAUUACAACUGAAGAAAAAUCUGUACAUGCUUAUGAAAAGGAGCAAGAAUCACCAACUAGUGAUGAGUUUGAAAUGGUAGACAAACCAAGUGAAAUGGAUGAUUUUGUAGUAAUUGAAGAAGUAGCUAAAGAAGCUCAAGAAACUGAUACUGAAGGUAAAAGUGUUCAAAUCACAGUCCAAAAGUAUGUGAAACGUCACGACGUAGAAAUCGAAGACCUGUUGUCGAAAUCAUCAAAGAAACAAGAAAGCACUAGUAGUACAUCGGGAUCAUUGUCCGAUGAAGAGCUAAUGCAGUACGAAUUAGAACAAAAAAAAUUACAAGCUCAAGAAUUAGCAGAAAUAGAAGCAGGUCGGCGAUGGAUACAAAUGCAAUUUGAGGGGGAUCCUCGAUAUGACUAUGAAAGAGUUCCAUUAGAAGAUAUUAAGGAAGAAGAAAUGACUGACUUUGAUGCCAGCAGAAUUGGCAGCUUGACCUCUCAGAAAGAAUCGAUCGGUAGUUACGGUAGUUUCCGAAAUUCUUAUGGAAGUCUGUCGGAGUCUGAAAUGGCAUCCCGUAUAAGGUUUAGAGUCAGGGGUGACAAUGAUGAUAUAUCUAUAAGCUCAUUGCAAGAGUUUGAAAAUCUAGAAAGGGCUCUAAUGGAACAGUAUCAACAAAAUUCUUCCUCAUCUCAGGAUUCUCUUAAUGGUUCUUUGCCAAGGCGAUAUAUAUUAAGUAAAAGUCAAGGAGAUGACAUUUCAAUAUCUAGUUUAAAAGAAUUCGAAGGACUUGAAUCAGCCUGUCUUGAAGCUUUGAAAGCAGAAAUACUAGCAAAACAAAAAGAAGCUCUGCUAAUGGCAGAUCCUAAAGAAGUAAGUGGAAGCUUUUUAGAGAGAGAAAAGCGAUCAUACAGUGGUAGUUCUGAAAGUAGUCCACCACAAAAAGGUGGUAGCCCAAGUCAAAAAAGUGGUAGUCCAUCACAGAAAAGCGGUAGUCCUUUACAAAAAGUAGGUAGUUAUGGAAGCCCGUCAGGAAAAAUACUAACAGAGUCCGCUAGUAUUAGAAAACUUAUUGAUCAACAAAUGGCUAUGGAACAAAGGCCACAACAACCUGUUACACCGAAAGUAAUAACUGUUAAAAAAUAUGAUGACAGAGGUGCAUUCUUUGUAGCAGAGCCUCAAAGUGAAACAUCAAUUUGUGAAGUAGAUCCAUCAGUAUUAGCAGAAUGCAGGAAAGUAUCUGCCUUUGUAUGUGCGGCAGCACCAAUUGAUGGGUCUGCUGAGUCUAUUCCAGGAGAUUGUGAAGAGAUGAUGAAAAUUCUAGAUCAGGAAGAAAAAUCCAAAGAAAGCCAUUCAGUGUCAAGGGCUCUUACUGAUGGUGGUGUAAUAGAAGUCGUACGAACUACGACCGUUAUUCAACAGAGGUUUGUUGACGGAAAAAAGGUUUCUGAGACAGUGACAAGCUCUGAUAGUGAAGGUGCAGUAGAUAUCCCAUCUAGACCUAGACAGCUUGAAGAGAGUGCCAUGUCCUACGGCUCUGAAAUGUCCUCGUCCAUCACGUCACAACCAUCAGAACUGGAUAGUUUAAUGACUGUAAUGGAAAGACACACAGAUGGGGAAGUAGUGACUGUCACACAACAAACGAUAACCAUGACGUCAGACAAGCCUGAGGACUUAGAGUUCUCUAGGGAAAACAGCAUGGUUCGUGAGCUAUCGCCCUCUUCGGGUAAGUCGGUGGCUCAUAGUGUGAUAUCGUUCUCCGGUAAACAAUUUACAGAUCCGGCUAGUGGGUCCUGGAGCGGCCAAGACGAAGAGCUCAGUUCCUCUGGAAGUUUUAGUAGGGGUGCACGAGCAGAUUUGAUGCUGGGUAGCACAGACAGCUUAGAAGCCACUAGCUCCAAUGCCACUCGCGCCACCUACAACUACGAAGUCGACACCCCUAUGACUGGUAGUCUAACUUCUGGAGGAUCAAAUACCAUGGUUUCAUCCCUGGACACCUUGGAUCCUAUUACGGCUGUCCAAAUGGAAAGCUUGGAGCAUCAGUCUACAAGCGAACAUUUUUCCCAUGAUUAUGAAGUACAGGAACCUGAUUCUGAUACCGAAAGAUUGGAAUUGGACAAUCGAGUACCUCGAGCUAAGGAACGCACAAUCAUGUUCGAUAGCACAGAUACUCUCAGUGCAGUCAGUGGUGAUGGGUCAGUAAGGGAAGCCGCAGUAGAAACGGCAGCACCAACAUUCUAUAUCGGCGAUACUCCUAUUGUUAGAGGAGAACGAAGAGACGAUGAAGAUGUUCAGCCUACACUUUCAGGCAGCUGUCCAGCUUCUCUACCACCUGCAACACAGCCAUCACCACCAAUUCCCGCUCAGAGAAGAUCUUUGACGAUGCUCGCAAAAUCACCUCCAUCCAGUUUAGACGAGUCUAAGAAGUAA